AUGGAUGAGAUUAAUCAUGGAGGUUCAUCAAGCUCACUCCCACCUUUCCUCACCAAAACGUAUGAGAUGGUUGACGAUUCUUCAUCUGAUUCGAUUGUCUCGUGGAGUCAGAGCAACAAGAGCUUCAUCGUUUGGAAUCCUCCAGAGUUCUCCAGAGACCUUCUUCCCAGAUUCUUCAAGCACAGCAAUUUCUCAAGCUUCAUCCGUCAGCUUAACACAUAUGGCUUUAGAAAAGCUGAUCCUGAGCAGUGGGAGUUUGCAAAUGAGGAUUUCGUGAGAGGCCAACCUCAUCUUAUGAAGAACAUUCAUAGACGCAAACCUGUUCACAGCCACUCUUUACCGAACCUGCAAGCUCAGCAGAACCCGUUGACUGAUUCGGAGCGACAGAGAAUGAACAGUCAGAUCGAGAGACUGACGAAGGAGAAACAAGGACUGCUUGAGGAGUUGCAUAAACAAGAGGAGGAGCGAGAGGUGUUUGAGAAGCAAGUGAGACAACUCAAGGAUCAGUUACAACACAUGGAGAAGCGUCAGAAAACAAUGGUUUCGUUUGUCUCUCAGGUAUUGGAGAAGCCAGGGCUUGCUCUGAAUCUAUCCCCGUCUUUUCCUGAAACAAACGAGAGGAAAAGAAGGUUCCCUAGGAUCGGGCUUGAACCGAUGUUGGAAGAGAACCAGACAUGUGUUGCUGUGAGGGAAGAAGGUUCCACAAGCCCUUCUUCACACUCGACAGAGCAUCAGGUGGAGCAGUUGGAGUCAUCGAUAGCGAUUUGGGAGAAUCUUGUAUCGGAUUCUUGUGAGAGUAUGGCACAGUCAACAAGAAGCAUGAUGACACUUGAUGUGGAUGAAUCAUCUACUUGUCCCGAAAGUCCUCCUCUUUCUUGCAUACAGCUAAGUAUCGACACACGUCCCAAGUCUCCUGCUUCUCCGAGGAUCAUCGACAUGAACUCCGAGCCCGAUGUUUCGAAAGAACAGAACACGGUCGCUGCUCCUGCUCCUCCUCCUCCUCCAGCAGCAGGAGUGAAUGAUGUCUUUUGGCAGCAGUUUUUGACAGAGAAUCCUGGCUCAACCGAGCAACGGGAGGUUCAAUCAGAUAGGAAAGAGGAUAAAGCUGAAGAUCGAAGUGAGAAAUGUUGGUGGAAUUCGAGGAAUGUAAAUACAAUUACAGAGCAGCUUGGACAUCUGACUUCUUGA